UUCAUGCAUGCAUAAAUUAUAAAACAUCAAACUAAGUAAAUAAAAAAGACCGAUAAAAUGAAAAUCAAUAUGCUGGUCAUUGCUGCAUUCUCCUUUUUAAUCGCCGCGAGGUCACUACCAGUGAAACCAACGCUUAACUACGAGUCCAUAUUUAAUUUUGGAGAUUCUUUAAGCGACACUGGAAAUUUUCUUAUCUCCAGUGAUGUGAGCUCUCCGUCCAUCGGUAGACCACCAUACGGUCAAACUUUCUUUAACCGUUCAACCGGCCGUUGCUCUGACGGACGUCUCAUCAUUGAUUUCAUUGCUGAGGCAAACGGAUUACCGUACGUUACACCAUAUCUCCAAAGCGUGCGAACAAACUUUUCGGUGGAUUUCAAUAAAGGAGCAAAUUUUGCAGUGGCCGGAGCAACGGCGAAUGACUUUAACUUUUUGAAAGAAAGAGGUCUUUCAGUAACAUUGUUGACGAAUAAGACAUUGGAUGUUCAGCUUGAUUGGUUCAAGAAAUUGAAACCUUCUCUCUGUAAAACAAAGCCAGAUUGUGACCAAUAUUUUAAGAAAUCUCUAUUUUUCGUGGGAGAAAUUGGUGGAAACGAUUAUAAUUACCCUCUAUUAGCAUUUCGGAGUUAUAAACACGCCAUUGAUUUGGUACCAUCCGUCAUUAACAAGAUCAUCAACGUCACAAGCGCCUUGAUAGAGGAAGGUGCAGUGACGCUGGUGGUUCCGGGAAACCUUCCGAUCGGUUGUUCGGCGGUUCUGUUAGAGCGAUUCAGUGAUGAUAAUAGAUGGCUCUAUGACACAAGGAACCAUUGUCUUAAGCCGCUGAACAAUAUUGCCAAGCUUCACAAUACUAAGCUCCAGGAAGGCCUUGUGACUUUAAGGCAAAAGUACACUCAUGCUAAGAUUAUCUAUGCUGAUUAUUACGGUUCAGCUAUGCAAUUCUUUAACUCACCUUCCAAAUACGGUUUUACUGGAAGUGUCCUAAAGGCAUGUUGUGGAGGAGAAGAUGGAAGAUACAACGCAAAACCAAACGUAAAGUGCGGCGGAAAGGGUUCAACGACUUGUGAAAACCCAUCAACGUAUGCAAAUUGGGAUGGAAUCCACCUAACCGAGGCGGCAUACCGCCACAUUGCAACUGGUCUCAUCUCUGGCCGUUUCACCAAACCUUCUCUUAGUAACAGUUCAUCAUUUUCCAAGUUCUAAUUUAGUCACACGAAAUAUAUAAGCUUUAAUGGAAACUCCUUUGUAACGAAUAAUUAAUUGGUAUAAACUCAAGUGCUUAGCGCAAUGCCGAACGUUCUAUUUAUGUUUGAUUAUUCAGACUAUCUCACAUUUGGUUAUCCAAAAAUAAUGUAAAAACCACUUGCAAUUUUUUUAUGCUUUUUAUUCUAUUUACAAAUUUGGGAACCUAAUCUUUCUUAGGUUUUUAUCCUAAUAUAUUGAGGAUCUCAUGUGUAAAUAGUGAAAUAAUUCGUUGUGGGUAAAAUGAAACAAUAACUAAAAGCAAAUUAACUCGAUCAAACAAAGAGAUUAUAUAUAAUCAAGAUUAAUAUUUCUAUGAUUUGGUCGGCCGAACAAGCCGAUUUAAGAUCAUUGAUUUUUUCCGGAUAUAAGCUGAUAAAAAUAUUAGUAUUUAGCGUAUAACGAAUCAGAAUCCAGGAUGGAGAUUUCCGGUUCGAUCGGUCUGGUAUUGAAACCAGAUCCACUUGUCCUCUUACUCCAUGGGGCAUUGAACAGAACAACAAUGUUGGUACAUUCGAUGUUCCUCUUUAAUUAAUAUUUAGUGUAAACAUUUUAGUUUAAUUAUUAUAUUUUUAAACUGGGGCACUUUCCCAAUACUUUAAAUGGUAAAGUAUGAACUCUCUCUCUUUUAUACGGAGUAUUUUAGUAAUCCUUGCAAGGGUGGCAUUUCUCGUCUCCUUCAUUUUCUUCUCCGAGAAACCUCAUAAUCCUUGCGAGAAAGCAAAAGGAAAACAAUCUUUGCUUACCUUCUCUUUUUAAGGUAUGUGCUAUUUCUUCGAUACACUUUCUUUAUUUUCUCUAUGAUAAUGAAUUCUAAAAAAAUCUUUGAUUUUAGGGCUUGAUUUUAUCCAUGUUUUGCAAUCUUUUCCGUAUAUCGAUGAUCAUAAAAAUGAAUUUUAGAACAACACAGAGACUAGAGAGUAUAUAGUGAAGGAUUAAAAAGCGUGUGCGUGUGAGGAGUAUCUUUUAUUUGUUGUAAAAAUAUUUCUAAACCAGAGUAAGAAUGGUCACAUAAAAAAUGUGCAUCAUAACGAUGCUUGUGGUAUAAGAUAAUUCUAUGUUUUUUGGUUUUCUGUUGAUAGUCUCUUUGGUGCCACUUGUUUCAGACGAUUAGGUUGAACCACUGUCUUGUUUUUUUGAUCCAAAUCAAAGCUAUGACAGUUUCUGCACCAACUUGCCAUUUCUGUAUUGACUUUUGAUGAUAUGAUAUUCAUAAACAAUGUUAAACUUUUGACUGGUUAUUAAUUUAAAUUACUGAAUUCAGAUUUUAUCUACUUUAUAUCUCCGGAAUAAGCAAGAAACUAGUUCUGGGAAGAAAGUUAUUCACAUUUUGACUGGUAAAUGUUUUAAAAGAUAGUUCAAAAGGCUAAAUUUGUUUCCAAUAUAUAUUCAAGGUUAAAUAUUAAACCGCUGAACUAAAUUGAAAGAAAAAUCUUCUUUGUAAAGUUCCUUAUUUUAUGUUUAUAUUCUUAAUAUAAAAUGAUAAAUAGUUGUUUGUAAUUUGUAUAUCGAUAAUUACUAUUAUAAAGAUAUAGUUUUUUUUGAUCAAAUAAAGAUAUAGUUAGUUUUUACUUUUUAGUCAAAGUCUAAAAUAAAAAAAACCCAUAAACAAUUUAAACUAUUCAUGUGAUGCAGACUAACGUGCACUCCACCACAAUUAAUGGCACAAUGUGAUCUCCACAUACAAUUAUUAGACAUCUUGACCUUUCAAGAAAUAAUGUUUUUUCCGUAUGGCAUAUUAUUCCGUAUGGAUUCAUUACAUAACUUUAUGUACAAACUUUAUGCUAGAGCAGGGCAUUCGGAUUUUCGGUUUCUCAGAUUAUUUUCUUUUGGUUUUUCAUUUCUUCGGUUUUGGGAAAAUGUCACUUAGUUGUACCGUACUACAUUCCGGUUUGAAAUACGGUUUAUUUGGUUUGGUUUUAGGUAUAUUAUUGUGUUUCGAAGUAAACCAUCAUUAUUUCAUAACAGCCAAAAUUGUCUCAGAAUUGGUUUAUGCGAUAAAAAAUUAAAAAUCUGGUUAAUUUCAGUUUAUUUAUUUAUUAUGACCGAUCGGUUUAUACGUACCGAUCCGAACUGAACCAAAAAACCAAUUAAUUUUUUAAUUCUUCAUAUUCGGUUUGUAACCAAACCAUACUUAAAACCAAAAACUGGAAACUUUCGGUUCGGUUGGUUUGGUUCAUUUUGGUUUAAACCAAAUGUCCAUUGCUACUUUACACUCAUUUGUAAUGUCUUAUCUUUAGGUAAUGGUUGCUGAUAGAAAGAAGAAUGUAUUUUGGAUAUAUAAAACCAAUUUAUUAUAUAUAUGUAUACAUAAUACAUAUAAGUGUUUGAUGUUUUGUUUAACCAAAUAUUAACCGGUUUUUGUUUUAAAAAAUAUAUUUUAUAAGAUAUCACCUUUCAAAUAUCGUAAACUAGAUGAUUUUAUGUGUCAUGUGCAGAUAUAUAUAUAUAUAUAUAUUAUUCAUAUUUUGUUUUAAGUUCAUUAAUUUUUAAAAGUAUAAAGCAAUCAUUUGUAGUUUUUUUAUUUAAUUUAAUUUUUAAUCUAUUAAAAUUAUUUUUCAUUUUUGUUAUUUGGUAGUUUUGGUCAAUUUCUGGUAACUCAAUUUUCAAUGGAAAAAGUAUCAUUUGGACUACGGCGGUGACGAACCGUGUUGCUUUUCUGCCUCUUAGCUGUAUGUAACUCUCUCAUCACUAUAUAUAGACUUUGUUCUUUAACUUGCGCUUGUUAUCUUACUCGUGCGCACGUAAAUUUUAUUUUAUUUAUAUGUGUAAACAAAUUUAUAAACUACAGUUUUAUUUACU